GAAAAAUUCCAAGAAGUAGCAUUUCAGGAUCAAAAGGCACUUCUAGAGGCAGGGCCAUGCUCACGUUCAUGGCCUCUGACAGCGAGGAAGACGCAUGCAACGAGCGGACGUCCCUGAUGUCAGCCGAGAGCCCCGUGCCCCGCUCCUGCCAGGAAGGCAGGCAGGGCCCCACGGACGGAGAGGAUGCGGCCCAGUGGGGAAGCCAGGGCCGCGAGGAGGUCCAGGAGGAAGACCCUGACCGCUACGUCUGCAGUGGGGUCCCCGGGCGGCUGCCGGGCCUGGAGGAGGAGCUGACCCUCAAGUACGGGGCGAAGCACGUGAUCAUGCUCUUCGUGCCCGUCACGCUGUGCAUGGUCGUUGUGGUGGCCACCAUCAAGUCCGUGCGCUUCUACACGGAGAAGAACGGGCAGCUCAUCUACACGCCCUUCACCGAAGACACGCCCUCGGUGGGCCAGCGCCUGCUCAACUCCGUGCUCAACACGCUCAUCAUGCUCAGCGUCAUCGUGGUCAUGACCAUCUUCCUGGUCGUGCUGUACAAGUACCGCUGCUACAAGUUCAUCCACGGCUGGCUGAUCAUGUCCUCGCUGAUGCUGCUGUUCCUCUUCACGUACAUCUACCUCGGGGAAGUGCUCAAGACCUACAACGUGGCCAUGGACUACCCCACCCUGUUCCUGGUCGUCUGGAACUUCGGGGCGGUGGGCAUGGUGUGCAUCCACUGGAAGGGCCCGCUGGUGCUGCAGCAGGCCUACCUCAUCAUGAUCAGCGCGCUCAUGGCCUUGGUCUUCAUCAAGUACCUCCCGGAGUGGUCCGCCUGGGUCAUCCUGGGCGCCAUCUCUGUGUACGAUCUCAUGGCUGUGCUGUGCCCCAAGGGGCCGCUGCGGAUGCUGGUGGAGACGGCCCAGGAGAGGAAUGAGCCCAUAUUUCCGGCCCUGAUAUACUCCUCCGCCAUGGUGUGGACAGUGGGCAUGGCCAAGCCGGACCCCUCCUCUCAAGGGGCCCUUCAGCUCCCCUACGACCCAGAGAUGGAAGAAGACUCCUGCGACAGUUUGGGGGAGCCCUCGUAUCCGGAAGUCCUUGAGCACCCCCUGCCUGGCUCCCCAGGGGAGGAGCUGGAGGAAGAGGAGGAAAGGGGCGUGAAGCUGGGCCUCGGGGACUUCAUCUUCUACAGCGUGCUGGUGGGCAAGGCGGCGGCCACGGGCAGCGGGGACUGGAACACCACGCUGGCCUGCUUCGUGGCCAUCCUCAUCGGCCUUGCCUGGGCGCACACACCCGUGAGCUCGGGUCUCCGACUCCAGGGCUGGCACGUUCCCUCUGCCACCCACACACCAUGCCAUUCUGAACCCAGGGUCUCCCAGGGUUCAGGAGGGGACCCCAUCACUUUGAGCCCCAGCAGUGGAAUUGGGAGGCUCCUCGCCGUGUUCAAGAAGGCGCUGCCCGCCCUGCCCAUCUCCAUCGCCUUCGGCCUCAUCUUCUACUUCUCCACCGACAACCUGGUGCGCCCCUUCAUGGACACGCUGGCCUCGCACCAGCUCCACAUCUGAGGGCGGCCGCCGGGGGCUAUGACCGAUGCAGCUGUAUAAUCUCACACUCUAGUGCCAUAUACUUUUAAGACUUUUAUUUCCUUAGAAAAACAAACGAGAAUAAAAAAAGACCGUGUUUACUGCGUGGAGAAGAAGCGCCUUUUGGUGCUAGCUUUGCCACCAGACGGAGGCUCACUCUUCCCGAGCGCUCGCGGGGAAACAAGCCCACCCAGAGGAGCGGGAGGCGUGAUGGGCCGGCGCCUUGGAGCCGGGAUGUGCGGCCGAGAGGAAGGACCGAAGGAAGGUGCACGCAGCAGGCCCGGGGCUCCCGCGCAGGGCAGGCGGCACCAGGCACCCCGUCACUGGCCGGAGAAGAAAAGCCCAUUUUCUCUGCGAGGAAUGUGGCCAGUGCUCUGUCUAGGACGUCAGUAUUUUAUUACCUUUAGAAACCAAGUCCUAAUCGUGUUACAGCAGUUCCCCUGGGAAGUGGCUUCAUAUUAGUAUCAAUAAAAGAUGAAUCCUG